UUUGGGUGUACAGUCAUAAGUCGGACUCCGAGGAGCCAGGAAGUAACUCAGAACCAUGCAGCGCGACUGAUAAAGUCGAGAGAGCGGGCGUUUGUUGUCAGUGGACAGGGAUCAUACGCUUCAGGGUGAAAGGGAAUUAUAGCCAAUUGCGAAAUUGAGCCUAAUCCAUUGCAGUGGCAGAGACUGACCGCUCAGUAGUUCCGACUUGAGAGCAGGGAGAGAUCACCACCCUGCUUACAAUAAGUUUAUCAGCAAAGCUUCAAGAUGCCUCGGGUGGUCCCGGAUCAAAGGAGCAAGUUUGAAAACGAAGAGUUCUUCAGGAAACUCAGUCGGGAGUGCGAGAUAAAAUACACAGGGUUCCGAGACAGACCGCACGAGGAGAGGCAAGCCAGGUUUCACACCGCUUGUAGGGACGGUCGUUCAGAAAUAGCUUUUGUGGCGACGGGCACCAACCUCUCGCUGCAGUUCUUCCCAGCCAACUUGCACGGGGAGCAGAGGCAGACGCCCACACGAGAGUAUGUGGACUUUGAUCGGGAGACGGGAAAGGUGUACCUGAAGGCCCCUAUGAUCCUGAAUGGAGUGUGUGUGAUCUGGAAGGGCUGGAUAGACAUGCUGCGCCUGGAUGGGAUGGGAUGUCUGGAGUUCGAUGAGGAGAGAGCACAGCAUGAGGAUGCCCUGGCGCAGGCAGCCUUUGAGGAUGCACGUAGGAGGACUCGGGACUUUGAGGACAGGGACCGCUCGCACAGGGAGGACCUGGAGGACCCUGUGGCAUCAAAAAUCUGGGACUGAUGGCAUUCAAGGACUAGGGCCAGGAAAUCCUACCAGGGUAUAAGCUGGAAGACAGACCCCCCACACACACUCUCCCCCCAGUGCCUAAUGGAGAACAGACCUCCUCACACACACACCACCCACCCUCACCCUGCUGCCGGAGGAGUCCGCUGCAAGGCCUGCUGGGACAUAUCUGCCACAGCUUGGCAGCACAUGAUUCUGAAGAGAGGGAGAGAGAGGGAGGGAGGGGGAGAGCAUCUGAAGGAGUGCUUUCAUGUUCACGUCUAGUAUUUCCUCCCUCAGUAACAUACCCUCAAGCUCCCUCAGGAAGAAUGGACUCCUUUCUUCUGAAAAUCAAUAAGCCAUGGAGGUAUUAUUGGUCAAAGAAAAAGGAAAAUGGAUGUCUCUGACAUGGAGCCUGGAGGAGAUAGUCUCAAACAGGAUUGUGUGGAAGGUGUGCAUGUAGUCAAUGUAUGACACAUCUUCCAACUAAACCCUUUCCAUGCCUUUCAUUCUCAAAUACUGACUGUGGUGGAAAAAUGAAACCCCAUAAUCAUUUUCUUCACGUUUUUUUCCAUCCAAGUUAUGUUGAAAUAGCAGAAAGUCGUCUCCUGAACUGCUCUGAUUCAGAAUUUUCUGAUUGGACUGUAGCAUUUAGCAAAUUCUCAAAUUGUUGAAUCCCCCUGCUCUGGAGUCCUCUCAAGGAGGGAGGAGGCUGAUAUUGUUGUUUUUAUUUUAGAUAAAAGAUAAUAUUUGCAAUUGGACAGCACAGGACCCUGUUUUUAUGUGAUGUGGGCGCCUGGCUCUAGAGGACAUUCAACCAUUACAUUUCUGUGGUCUGAACUUGUGAUCCUGUACUCAGUCCACCAUAACUCAAUAAAGGCCAGCAGCACAAUGACAGUAUGCCAUAAAGUGGGAGCUAGGAGGCCUCUAAAGGGUUUAGAAACCUGUCAUUUAGUUCCAGAAUCACAGCUCUUUUCUAGCAAGGUUGUCAGUGUCAGCUUUGGGUAUGUGUGUCUAAGUAAAGCAUAUAUGGGUAAUUCCCAUGUUGUGUGGCCUUUGCGUGUUUUGUUCAUGUUCUUUGUUCAGGUUUUGUGUUUUUCUUGGUGUCUGUGGAUGUGUGUAGGAGCGAUACAGGACAGGACAGUGAUGGCCAUCUAGAUGAUUGAGGAAGAUGAGAUGGAUGAAGAAUAAAUAGUACAUUUUUUAUCAGCCUGGAGCCCCAUUCUGCAGGUGGAAUUAGAGGAUUAAUACUCUCCCUCCCCCUGUAAUUACGGUAGCACUCCACUCAGGGUUGAGGCUUACUGUAAUGUGUAUCAUCAAAAUCAUAUUCCUUUGUCUGUAGUUACACUUUAUACAGUAUAUUAUUAUGUAUUGAGUCCAUGUUUCAGAUCAUUGUAAAAAGUGUGUGUGACCCUUCCUGAUUGAUUGAUUUUUUCGUUUUGGAGGGUGGUCCACUUCACGUUACAUUGUGUGUGGUAUGAGAAAGGCUUUUUUCAUCGCCCAACUGUAACUGGUGUGUUUUGGCUGAAAGGGGGAACCUUUACAUAGACGUUCUUUCCUCUGACUCAAGGACACUUCAAAUAUUUAUUUUCCUUCAUUUUUUAACUAAGGGAGCAGCGCACAUGUGUAUGCGUGUGCGUGCGUGCAUGUGUGUGGUUGUUUUCAAAAUCACUCUCCAACAACCUAGUAACACUGUGAUCGGCCAGUUGAUAAAAUGUCCUAAAUUGACAAUAUUGCAGUAAUAAAUAACUACGGUAUAAUAUAUAUUAUUAAUUGUUUUGAAGACACUAUUUCCGUUAAUGAUUCUGAAGAGGAAGAAUGGAUGAGCGUUAGUGUCUCAUUUAGGAUUAGAGUAGUAGACUAAACCAGACCAGGUUUAAAAGAAGCUAUUAUGGUGAGUCAUUUGGAUGACGACUACAUGCCAUUUCAGCUCAGAGACCUUUACCAGCGUCUGCUUUCUCCCUCUGUCUGUCUGCCUGUCUGUCUGUCUUACAUAUAUCUAUGUUGGGAGAGAUUUAGAAGUAGACGCAUAAACAUAUGUAUCUGUGACAGGCAGACAAGUCAUUUUUUAUUUUUAAAGCGUGUAAUGUUGAUGACUCCCCCCCCUUAGCCUCAGCUGGAAACUCUCUGGUGCCCUCUGCUGAAUGUACUGCACUCAUUGAUGCCCCAUCUGAGGCUACUUUCAACACAUUACACACACACACACACUCAUUAUGGUAUUUUUGGCUGUAUUAAAUAUGUUCCCCCCUCCG